CCAUCGCAAGUUGAAAGGAUUAAUAUUGGUGGCCUAGACAGUGUAGGAUCAAUGCUAAAGGAUUUAGCUAAAGUUAACUUUCAACAUUGUCACGAAUUUAAAAAGUUAGGCUUACCCUGUGUAAAAGCUGUAAUGUUGCAUGGCCCUUCUGGGGUUGGUAAAACUUUACUAGUUAGAAAACUAGCUCUAGAUCUCGAUACUGCGUUGGUAAGACUAAACGGUGCAGAUAUAUAUGCAGCAUAUGAAGGGGAGAGCGAAAAAAAUUUGCAGAAAUAUUUUGAUAAAGCUCGCCAAAUUGCAAAAAAAGAAUGCUGCAUACUAUUUAUCGAUGAAGUUGAUGCUCUAUGUCCAGGUCAAGAUAACGACAGCGAGAACGCGAGUGAGGAAUAUCAGGUGGUGUCUCUUCUGGCUUCUUUAUUAGAAGCGGUAAAACGCGAAAAUUUGCUAUUCAUCAUAGGAGCAACAAAUCGACCGGAAGCCAUUUCUCCAUGUUUAUAUGGUCCGUGUAAAUUCGAACAAGAAAUUUAUAUUGGCAUUCCCAAUGUCAGCCAAAGAGAAUCGAUAUUGCAGCUAUAUACAAGAGAUUUGCACUUAGAUGCAGAUGUCAAUUUAAAGGAUCUAGCUGAGAUGUCGUGUGGGUAUGUCGGCGCUGACUUGAAAUUACUUUGUAAAGAAGCCAUGUUUAUGGGACUGGAAAGAAUGGGCAAGACUACAGCUACUAUCGAUCAGGAGAGUUGUCAGUUAUGUGCUAAGGAUUUUAUUAACGCUAUUCAUCGAAUAGUCCCAUCAAGUAGGAGAGCUGCAAUUGGAACCGUAGAGCUUAAAAAGAUUAGUUGGGAUGAUAUUGGUGGAUUAGAAAACAUCAAGUUAAAAAUUCAGCAGGCUAUAGAAUGGCCAUUAAAAUAUCCCCAAGCGUUUGCUAGGCUUGGGCUUCCUAGGCCAAGAGGUGUGCUUUUAUUUGGCCCUCCAGGUUGUAGUAAAACUACUUUAGUCCGUGCAGCUGCCAGUAGUUGCCACGUCACAUUCCUUUCAUUAAGUGGUGCCCAAUUAUAUUCUCCAUACAUUGGCGAUUCCGAGCGUGCCAUCCGUCAGGCAUUUCUGCAAGCACGGACUAGCUCGCCUUGCAUUCUUUUCUUGGACGAAAUUGAUACCAUUGUAAGUCGAAGGCUUAAGAACAGCAAAAAUAGCGUACAAGACCGUGUUCUCUCUACCCUAUUAAACGAAAUGGAUGGUAUUUCGACAGCACGCUCCUAUCAUGAUGAUGGUGUCAUUGUUGUAUGUGCUACAAAUAGACCGGAUAUGUUGGACGAUGCUUUAUUAAGGCCAGGGAGAAUGGAUCGUAUUAUUUAUGUUCCUCCGCCAGAACGAGACGAAAGAUUAAAAAUUCUCAAAGUUCAUACACGCUGUAUGCCAUUAGAGAGCAACGUUGAUCUAGCUACGAUUGCAGAUACAACAAACAUGUAUAGUGGAGCAGACUUGGAAAAUGUCUGCAGAGAGGCUGCCAUGGAAGCAAUGAGACACAACGGGGUAUCCGUAGAAAAAGUUAAUAAUCAAAAUUUUAUUCAAGCUGCGCGAAUUAUAAAUGCUAGUUUAUCGAUUCCGCAACUCAAUGAAUAUGAAAAAUUCUGCCAACGCAAAUUA